AGAGUGACUGUGGCCAAGCUCACAUUGGAGAAUUUUUACAGCAACCUAAUUUUACAGCAUGAAGAGAGAGAAACCAGGCAGAAGAAACUAGAAGUGGCCAUGGAAGAAGAAGGAUUGGCAGAUGAAGAGAAAAAGUUACGCCGAUCACAACAUGCUCGCAAGGAAACAGAGUUUUUACGACUCAAGAGGACCAGACUUGGCUUGGAUGACUUCGAGUCUCUGAAAGUUAUAGGAAGAGGAGCAUUUGGAGAGGUGAGGCUGGUCCAGAAGAAAGACACAGGCCAUAUCUAUGCAAUGAAGAUAUUGAGAAAAGCUGAUAUGCUUGAAAAAGAGCAGGUGGCUCAUAUCCGAGCAGAAAGAGAUAUUUUGGUAGAAGCAGAUGGUGCCUGGGUGGUGAAGAUGUUUUACAGUUUCCAAGAUAAGAGGAAUCUUUAUCUAAUCAUGGAAUUUCUCCCUGGAGGUGACAUGAUGACGUUGCUAAUGAAGAAGGAUACCUUGACAGAAGAGGAAACACAGUUCUACAUUUCAGAGACUGUUCUGGCAAUAGAUGCGAUCCACCAGUUGGGUUUUAUCCAUCGGGACAUUAAACCAGACAACCUUUUGUUGGAUGCCAAGGGUCAUGUGAAAUUAUCUGAUUUUGGUUUAUGCACGGGAUUAAAGAAAGCUCACAGGACCGAAUUCUACAGAAACCUUACACACAAUCCACCAAGUGACUUCUCAUUUCAGAACAUGAACUCAAAGAGGAAAGCAGAAACAUGGAAGAAAAACAGGAGACAACUGGCAUAUUCCACAGUUGGGACACCAGAUUACAUAGCACCAGAAGUAUUCAUGCAGACUGGUUACAACAAAUUGUGUGACUGGUGGUCUCUGGGAGUGAUUAUGUAUGAAAUGCUAAUAGGAUACCCACCUUUCUGCUCUGAAACACCUCAAGAAACAUAUAGAAAAGUGAUGAACUGGAAAGAAACUCUGGUAUUUCCUCCAGAGGUGCCUAUAUCUGAGAAAGCCAAGGAUUUAAUUCUUAGAUUUUGUAUUGAUUCUGAAAAUAGAAUUGGAAAUAGUGGAGUAGAAGAAAUAAAAGGUCAUCCUUUUUUUGAAGGUGUAGACUGGGGGCACAUCAGGGAAAGGCCAGCAGCAAUCCCUAUAGAAAUCAAGAGCAUCGAUGAUACUUCAAAUUUUGAUGACUUUCCUGAGUCUGAUAUUUUACAACCAGUGCCAAACACCACAGAACCAGACUACAAAUCCAAAGACUGGGUUUUUCUCAAUUAUACCUAUAAAAGGUUUGAAGGGUUGACUCAGCGUGGCUCUAUCCCUACGUACAUGAAAGCUGGGAAAUUAUGAAUGAAGAUCACAUUCGCCCACAACCAAGAGAACUCAGGUAGCUGCAUCACCAGGCUUGCUUGGCGUAGGUAACAAUACACUGAAAUACUCCUGAAGAUGGUGGUGCUUAUGACUACAAGAGGAAAUUCUACAGGAUUAGGAUUUCUAAGACUACUAUAGGAAUUGGUUGGCAGUGCCAGCUGGCUUUUUUUUUUUUUUUAAUAUUUUAUUAUUUUUGUUAACUUUAUUAUACGAAGGUACUGGAAUAAAAGAAACAUACAUCCCUUUCUAACUGCACUGCCUACAUGCAUAUUAAGGUCCAUUCUGCCUGUGUGUGCUUGUACUGUAACACCUCUAAUCAAUUCAGGAGAAACACAUAUCAUUCAAAGCAACAUAGGCUAACCUGUAGGUAACACUGCAGUACUGCUGUUUUACUGCAAAUCUCAUGGGUCUAGAUAAUCAGUAAAAGCCAUCUUCUGUAGCUGGUGUUAGGAAUACUUGCCCUGUUGAUUUGGACAUCUGUAGAAUAUAUAUGAAGACAAUAUCUAUAAUGAUUUUAAGAAAUUGAAAAAAAGGAAAUACACUGGUUAUUUAAAAAAUAAAAUUGAUUAUCACGUUAUAACACAAACUCCUCAGUAGGGAGUAAUAAGUUUAUAAUAAGGAGGAAGUUUAACACCUACACUCAAGCACUCCACUAAUAUAUUUACUUUGCAUUCGGAAAUACUGAUGACCUUUAUAUACAUAGUCUGUAUACUCAUAGGGGAGAGAUGUACUGUAUUAUAUAAAAUGUAAAGUUGCUUUUCUUGUGACAGGAGGACUUUUUUAAUAAGAGGACAUGGCAAUAUUUUAAUUUGAUUAUGGUGAGUUGAAUAUAAGAAAUGACCAUGAAAGCUGCUUGUAGAACUAGUGUAUUUUUAUUAAACUAUUUUUUUAAAUGUCAAACUUCUCAUCAUGUAAAUGAACUUGUAGAGUACAAAGAGCUAUUUACUUUGGUUUUCUAGAAAGUCGUUACAUAUCACGGCUGGUUAACUUUUUUUUUAUGAAAAAUUUUUCUUUGAUAGUACUUGUAUUAUUGUGCCAUUAUUUUCUUAUACUCCAAAUGUACCAAAGAUCCUGAACAGAGUGGAUGUUCCCAAGUGAGUAGAAUUUUACUUUCCUGUGGGAAUGCUGUAUUCAGAAAUGACAGAUCUUUGAUAGAGGUCGUCUUAUGGAAGGCGGUGGAGGGGGGGCAGAAUUGUUCAUGUUUAGCUACAUCACCGUGGUUACUGUAAAUGGACUUAAGGAGGUAAAUGCAGGCCAGAGGGGUAGUGAUUACCGGGUAGGGGAGAUAAUGUCAUCAAAUUCUUUGAGUAUUUCCCUAAGAAUUAAAUAAUCUUUUCUAGCUCACCAUUUUAAUUCUAAAAUGAUUCUCUGCAGUCUUGCAUUCUUAAGUACUAGUUGAGGAAUAAUACUUUAUCAAAGAAGGGCCUAAUGUUUGUCUUAACUAUUGAUAGAAUGUUUUGAAGAUACAACAAUUAUAACUAUUCCACAUGACCUGUGAUCAAAAUCUAAAAUAAUUUUUUAUUUGUAGGGAUAUUCUUAAUGGGGAAGAAUUGCACAGGAUCAUUAUGCAAAUCUACAAAAGCUUUUAUAAAUGUUGCUGCUCGGUAAUUUCACAGUGUUUUCAAUAAGGCCGUCCUGGGGUCUCCCCAACCCCAGCACACCCCCAGUUCUCUCUCUUUCUCUCCCUUUUCCCUCUCUUUCAUUCUUUUAUUCUAGCAUUCGUUUAAUACUUAUUAUGUGUUCAUCUAAUACUUCAUCUCCUUUUUUCUUAUGUCAUUCAUGUAGCUGAGUCCCUAAGAGAGAGAACUAUUAAAAUUCUAAGGUCAUCUCAAUUUUACUAACUCUGGAUUUUCUAAUUAAAAGGCUUCUAAUAUUAAAAAAGAAACUUUAACUUCUGCUCAGUUUUAUGAGAUUUUUCUCACCCCACCUCACCACCACCACCACCACCACCACCAUCACCCCUUUUCUUAAAGGACUGUUUUGCUACUGUGGUAGUGAAUGAGUAAAAGGAAACUGCAGUAUUCUCUAGUUCUAAUGUGGUACCUAUUCUAGUACAGAAAAAUCAUUAAUUCAAGUUGUCAGAGAAAGAUAGAUAAAGAAGCUGAAUUGAAUCAAAGUUUAAUUUUUUAAUUGAAUAAGAGUAGAGCAUUUUAUUUUCCUUCUCCCUUUUUUAAAAGAGUCUCAUUUCCCUGCAGUUAACAGAGUGAUUCACAAUCUUUGGGGUUUCCUCCUCAUCAAAAGCAUUUCUUAAGUGCCUAUCUAAAAGCAAAUAAAGACUGUGUUUGCCCUUUGGAAGCUAAGAAUUUGAUUCAUGAUGCAAAUUAGCUAGAUAAUUUGCGAAGAACUCUUGAGAUUGAAUUUUCCCUAUUAUACAUUUCUCAUAUUUUAGGCGAACCAUUUAAUUUAAAUGACAAAACCCUAUCUAAUCAACUGGGCAUAAUGACAUUUUCUUUAAAUUAGACUCUAUUUUGAAUUAAAGAGUUUUAUUAUAAACUGUGUGUUUUUGGUUUUUCUAAGUAUAUAGAAAGCUUGUACAAUUCAGAUUUAUUGAUUUCCUGAUUUAAUGUAGACUUUGACUUUUUUUAUUAAAAACCUUUGUAUUAAAGCAAGUUAUGUUAUUUUUCUUUUAUGCUUUUCUUUUCUAUUAACAUAGCUUUAAAUCUUAAAAUUUAUUGAAGCACAGUGCUAUCUGAAUAGAAGGAAUUUCUUAUAAACUAACCUUUUCUGAAUGGACUAUAUAGCUGAUUUAAUGUUAUUAGUUGAAUUAAAAUAAGAAAUGUGGAAUAUUCAAAACUUUCUUUGGUUGCUGAGGGUUAAGAUAGGGUUUCAUUUAUUUCUAUAAAAGCAUAUUUUUCCUGUUUUUUAAACACCUGUAUAUCUUUGUGAAAAUCUGUAAAAUUUAAAAUAUUUUUAAGUACAUUUAUUUUUUGGUGUUUUGCUGUAGAAAACCUAUAGACAAUCCAAUCAAUCAAUCAGUCAAUCAAUCAAUGUCUACUGGUAGGAGAAACAGCUAUCCUUCUUUGGUGAUCUACAAAUGAAUGAAUUGAAAUUUUAAUCAAUAGAGAGGUCCCUGGUUACUGAACAUUUUCUCUCUUUGAAUUGCUAAGAUUCAGAACAUUCAAAAUAACUGAUUUGCUACAACCAUGGUUAUUUCCUCGUCUUUAAAUCUCAUUUUCUCUUUAGAAGUGCACUUAUUUCUGAAAAAAUUUAACGAAACACCUAGAACAAAUGUAAAUACAAGACACUUGAGACUAUUACAGAUAUUUUAGAUUUUUAUGAAAAAAAUGUGAGGGGAUAUUGCUUCUUUAAAAGGGAAUGGAGUAAAAAAUAGAUCUUAGUUAUUUUUGAAAAAGCAAUAUAAAUUAUUCAGCAGUUGUCUAGAAAAAUAAUCAUUAGGCUCUUGAGUUCUGUGUUCAGUUACUGAAUUUCAAAAAAAAAAAUGUUUUGGUGGCAUGAGGCCUUUUUCACUGAAGGUAAGAAAAGAAUAAAAACUGUUUAUAAAAUU